AUGGAGGGUGAUCAUUUCAAUGAUCUGGCCCGGAGCUUGACGAGGACGGAGUACCAACGGAUCGGCGACACCAAGAGCCUCGCAGGCGAUGCACCGGCCUGGCAGUUUACAGGAAAACCCUGGACACAGGCUGAGACCUUGAGGAGCCGUGAAGUCCGACAUGGCUGCGGCAUCACGCCACGGGUCUACCCCGCGCCGGUGGGAAGCAUCAACGAAGAGUUCGCGACCUCGCGGGAAGACAUGCAGUUUGCCACCAUGGCCAUCGCAGCCCAAGCCGGCCAACCCUUGCGAAAGCGAGAGUUGGAUGAUACGGACCGGCUCAGGAAGCAGCCAGUGUAUUGGCACCAGCAUGACCAUGUGGAGGCCUUAGACGUCAAGCUUCAAGGCUUUGGGAUGAUGGGCUUCGACCCUAAACGACCGGUGGACCUCAGUGCGUCUGGUCGAAAGGAGUCCGGGGCAGCCCGAGUAAGUCUUCCGCUCACAGCUCGACCAGAGGAUGAGCUGCCGGGCGGCCGGUCUUUCACACCGGCCAAUGCCAGGCAUGACGGACACGAGGCCGGCGGCGCCUCUCCGGUGAGUCUCACCAUAGACGAAAAGCGCCUGCGCUGCGCCAAAGCAGAAAAGGAGAUGGGAGGUUCUUCGGGUGAUGACUCAUGGGAGUUGCUCAAAGAGGAUGAUGUGGAGCUACUGCCAAUGAGGUCUGGUGCUGAAUACCAGGAACUGAACGGAGUUGGUGCCGGGAUCUCUUUGUACGAGCUGCACGAGGCGGUGGAGAAGCAUUUCGAGUUGCAAGGCCCUGGCAGCGUCGCCUUCUGCGCCGCAGAAGAACUCCGUUACACUGAAGGUGAAUCUGAAGACCACUCGCUGGAUGUACCCCAGCGGGACUCCCUCCAGGCGCAGCGGAAGAUCCUGCGCGGUCGCCAGGUGAGUCCCACUCCACCGGAACGCCCGGGCGCGCGCCUCAGCGCGAGAACGGACGAAUACGUCCGGGGCGAGGCCGCCUCAGAGAGGAAGCGGGGUGACCGCGACGGCGACUCGUGCGAGGAGACGCCCGAAGCGCCACGGCCCAGUCCCGAGGUCGUGGCACAGCCCGUGUUAGGCAGUGCAGCCUCCGCGAGCCUGCGCAUCGUGGAGCGCUCUGAAGAACGAGUCCGACUGAAACGCCGCGCCGCCGCGCGGAGCUGGGACGGCGCCAGCGGCAAAAGGGCGGCACAGCACGUCGACGGGCAGACCGAUCGGGACAGGGGACAAUUUGUCACACCGCAUGAGCCGCGAGAAGCCGGCACACUGGGCCACCACUUCGACCAACACCUUCGUUGGGCAGGAGAGGUGCACCGGCAGCAGCAAUCGGCACGGAUGGCCGCCAGAAAGUUGUAUUGGUCUCAGAGGCCAAAGGACAACAAUGUCGCGUAUCAGGUCGUUAGCUCCUCAUGGUUCGUCUACGGCAUCUCUGUGGUGAUCCUGAUUAAUAUGAUCUUGCUGGGCUUCGAGGACUUCUGCAUCAUCACCUUGUCGGUGCUGGAGACGGCCACCGAACUCUGGGCCCGCGCCACCGUCAACGUCGGUGACUCCCAGGUGAGCACGUCUCAGCUUCGCUUCUUCCGCUCGGUGCGCCUCGCGCGCGCCUUGCGUGGUGUGCGCAUGGUGCGGCUCUUGAGGUAUGUGGGUGCUUUAAGGACUUUGGUGCUCUCCAUCGCCAGCAGCAUGGCAUCCUUGCUCUGGACUCUGGUGCUGUUGGUCCUCAUUUGCUACACCUUUGGCAUCAUGUUUACCCAGAUGGUCUCUGACUAUUGCCGCUAUGAGUUGGGUUUUUCCACGAUGCAGAGCUGUACGCCGGUGGUUGGGGUCUACUGGUCAAGCCUGGAGGAGAGUAUGUUGACGCUCUUCAUGACCAUCUCUGGUGGAAUCAACUGGGGCGAGACCUUCAGACCCUUGAUCGGAGUUGGAUGGUUUGCGAUGGUGUGCCAUAUCAUUUUCAUCACCAUCGCCGUGCUGGCCGUGGUAAACGUCGUGACGGGAGUUUUCUGCACAACCGCGAUGGAGAGCGCGGCUGCAGAUAAGGAAAUUGCGACAAUGAAACAACUUCAAAAGAAGAACGCGCAACUUCAAGACCUGCGGGACGCCUUCGCAGAGAUUGUGGAUAGCGAAUCCAACACGGUGAACAUCGAGGACUUUUCCAAGGCCAUGAGCAGCGCGCGCUUCCGACAUUUCUUGGAAUCCAUGAGCAUCUCCACCACGGACAUUGACAUCCUUUUCACCAUUAUCGACACUGAUCAGAGCGGUUUGAUCGACCUCGAGGAGUUUGUCCAAGGUUGUCUGCAACUACACGGACCGGCCAAGAGCUUGCAAUUGGCACGCAUGAGCUUCGAGAAUAAGAUCACCCGCAAGGCCCGGUCCGUUAGACCAAGUCGUCAGAACAAGCUGCGGUGA